AGUGGCGUCCCUUCCCUGGUCGGUUGUCUAUUUGAAGAUCCUAUUGUGCCCGCAAAUAUUUGAGGAAGUGGCAGUCGAAACGCAGGGCGGCAUUCCUGAGACGUGGGGACCAGGCACAGGGUGUCUGAGUACACGAGAAAAGACUGCUAGCGCUGUACAGCCGGAUAGAAGUUACCGAAUCACCAAAGUACAGACGAUCUUUGAAACACGCACGGGGCACUUAGAACAGAGGGCAGACGCGCCCUGAGCUGUGCUGGGACCCUACAGCUGCCUGCGACCGGACGUCUGGGUAAAAACUGCGCACGCCUUUCUUGUCGGUGAUCUUUUCUUGGACCGUUCUUUCUCGGCAGCUUCCCCAUCUUGCGGAGCGUUCUGCUGUCGUGGUUGACAAACAGGCGUUAUGCGCUAGAGGAUUGUCCUGAAGGCAACUUGGAAAAGAGUCAAGGAGUAGACGCUGAGAGAGGGAGGCGGGGCCGAAAGACUGAGGACGACGGUGAGCAUGUGCGAGCCAGCGGGCGGUGCUGUACAGAGGGCGAUGGAAGCGGCGGUGAGGGUGCGAGUGUUGUGGGCCCUGUUGGUCCUCCUGGUGCCUGCAGUGGUCGGGGAAGAGCUGGAGACAGUCGAGAUCCGUCUGAGGGGCGGGAGUGACGACAACGAGGGGCGAGUCGAGGUUUUGUACGAAGGCGAGUAUGGGACGAUCUGUGAUGACGAGUGGAAUAUCAACGCUGCAAAUGUGGUCUGUCGUCAGCUUGGAUACAAGGGCGCUGUGGACUUCAAACGGAGCUCAUUCUUCGGACCCGGAACAGGUCAGGUGUGGCUGGACAAUGUCGUCUGCAAAGGGAACGAGAGCAAGAUCGGCGACUGCUCCCAUCGGGGGUGGGGCAAGAACGACUGUAACCAUGACGAGGACGCCGGCGUCAUCUGCAGCACGGAGGUCCGCGAUGACAUCGACAUCUCAGACCGAUACGUAAGUCAGGUAACCCUAAGAGUGGGUGACAUCAGACUACGAGGCCUCACCAAAAGAAUACCUCAGGCGGAAGGAUAUGUGGAGAUCAAUUACCAGGAAAAGUGGUGGCCGAUUUGCGCCGAUGGAUGGGACUAUAACGACGCUAAGGUUGUUUGCGGUCAACUGGGGUUCAGAGACGCCCUCACCGUGGACCUUCGGAAAUACAGAUAUGAGAGACCACUCCUACACAAGGAUGCAUGGCUGACACGGGUGGACUGUACGGGGUCGGAGUCCACCCUGACGGAGUGCCGACUCGAGAGACUCAUCCAGGGGACCGUGUCCCUGCCCUGCCUGUCCAACAUGACCGCCGUGGUGAAGUGCGACCUGGGCCCGCGGUACUCAGGAGUCUCCCCGACAACACAUAGGAAGUUAUCUGCUAUUACCACACAGCCCAAGUUCGUGCGGUUAAAAGGCGGUGCGAACACGGGAGAGGGACGGGUGGAGAUCUACUAUAACCGGCAGUGGGGGACUGUGUGUGGCCAGUCGUGGGACCUGAAGCAGGCUAGCGUGGUGUGCAGGGAGCUCGGCUACGGGUCCGCACGGUCCGCGCCGAAAGGGGCACAGUUCGGACAAGGACAUGGACCAGUCUGGUUGGACCACGUAGUGUGCACUGGGAACGAGCUGUCGAUAGUGGACUGCGCACACUCCAACUUUUCUGCCACGAGUUGCACACAUGACCAUGAUGCAUCAGUGCAAUGUAAUGUUCCGGACUUGAAAGUCAAAGAAAAGAUCCGUCUGUCAGGUGGGCGGAACCCGCGGGAGGGCCGAGUGGAGAUACAGAGAGGACGCAAGUGGGGAAUCGUCUGCAGCAACAGCUGGACGUACAAGGAGGCCGGGGUGGCCUGUAGACAGCUCGGGAUGGGAUACGCUCUGCACGCCCUCAAGGAGGUUUGGUAUUUCGAGGGAGACAAGCUGGACUUUGUCAUGGCUGAUCUUGAGUGUGACGGGACGGAAGAGGCGCUUCACUUCUGUCGGUACAAGUCCUGGACCAACAAGGGGUGCAAAAGUCACCAGGUGGCAGGCAUCAUCUGUACCCAGGCGAGAUUACCUGACCUGGUCCCAGACGCGUCUCAGGUCCGGCAGUCCAUCUACCUGGAGGACCGGCCGCUGUACCUGCUGUACUGUGCCGCCGAGGAGAACUGCCUAGCCAGCUCCGCAUACCAGAUGGAGUGGCCGUACGGGUCCCGCCGCCUCCUCAGGUUUACCCAGGCCGUGGCCAACUUUGGCAAGGCGGACUUCCGGCCCAACAUCGACAGUUCGCAGUGGAUCUGGCAUCAGUGUCACGCCCACUACCACAGCAUGGAGAUCUUCACACAGUACGACCUUCUGUCAGAGAACGGGACCAAGGUGGCUGAGGGGCACAAAGCCAGUUUCUGUUUGGAAGACUCUCACUGCUAUGAUGGGUAUGAGCCAAAGUAUGACUGUAAUGUGGGUGAACAGGGAAUUUCCAUGGGGUGCGACGACACUUACAAGCACAGCCUGGAUUGCCAGUGGAUUGACAUCACGGGUGUUCCAUCAGGGACCUACACCCUGGAGGUCAUUAUUAACCCGUUGCGGGCAGUGGCAGAGAUGGACUUUGAAAACAACAGAAUCUCAUGUAAACUUAACUACAAUGGGUAUCAAGUCGUCGCCAACGAAUGCCAUUUAGGUGAAGAUGAAUUACUGAACAGUAUAUACUGAUGAUUGGAGUACCCCGGAUGUUAGUCACGUGACCAUUAUGAGGCAUGCUCUGCUGCUACUCACCAUACUGUACGGUGGAACCCCCAUGGUGGAAGCUUCAUUCGCCUGAUGAACAGUUCACUAUGCACUUCACGUCUUUCCGCUCCGUGGCUUUGCAGGGUGCAGAUACACAUCUUAGAAGAAUUCGAACUUGCAUGAUUCCGUGCGUUGUAAAUGUAGAUAGAUGUAUAUCUACAUAGAUAUGUAGAAAUGUAGGUAAAUGUAGAUGCCUUUGUUGAGGCCUCAUGUACGGCAAAUAUUUUGACAUAAUAUGCUGACACUGCCGUGUUUGUGUUUUGAUGUGCUGCCACAGACCGGGUGAUCCGGCAGCAAAGGGUAUAUUCUUUCUACUAUCUUCCCUCCAAAAUGCUAUUGGCAAAUCUGAUUCAGAGUAUUCUCAACUUAUCAUCAUGCAAACUCCUACUCUCACUACCUAUAUCACGUUAGGCCUUCUGCAUCUUUCUGCUACCCCCACGCGUAUGGUGUCAGGGAAAUGUUGUUGUAGUCGGAAACAUGAGAAAUUAUGCCAAGUAAAAUGAAUUCCUGUAUAGACGUAUUCUUUUAUCGAAGGACCACACUGUACGAAGAAAAUGGUGCUAAGUGACAUUCACGUGAUUUAGGUAUUAUAUAUCUCACAGAAUCAUAUUUAUUGUCAUUUUUACUGACUGAGAUGUACAGAAACUGGACGUAGCCGGCAGUGAUACUAACAACGUUGGUAGAAAAGUGUCGUUUUUAACAAACUGGUUAGGUGCGAUUGAAAGUCCCUGUAAGUCCUCUAUUUUCAACAUAUAUUGUCCACUUCCUGGAUCCUACCUCAUACCUCUGUCCGGAUGUAGUCUUGUUUGUUUGAACACGAAGAAAACAGUAGAGAACAUCUCGUGCUUGUCGCCCACUACACCUGUAACGUCUACUGACAUGAUUCCGCCAGGUCACAUAUAUCCGUCACCGGAAAAUACGUAUAAAGAGAUCUAUAUGUACAAUAAAACAUUUCCCAGUGCGAUGUACUUAUGCAUAUCGAAACUGCAUAGCUGGUGGUGCUGCACUAGAGAUGCCUCAAGCGCACUUUUCAAAGUGACGUAUACAUAUAUUGUGAUCCGGCGGGUGAAUGUUAAUGUAGGCUACAUGUAAACUUAAGCAAGUAGGAACGAUGACACAGUAUCUUCUAGCGUGUCUCAUACUUACGUAAACAGAAAUGAGUACUACUCUCGACCAAGAAAGCUUGUAAUGUGUUUUCUGUGUGUUGACUUCCUGUAUCCAUCCAGCUGCAACAUAUGCGUUCCUGUGUUGUAAAUGAAUCUCAUGUACUGCCAUGAAAUGUAGAAUGUAGAGCAGCGUGAAUUAGAGGAAAUGCAAUUUUUUUGAUCUUGUAUAAUCAGCAUGUAGUGGUAGUAUAAAGACAGAGUUAAGAACUUAACAAGUGCGUUCAUUUGUAUAUUUGAACAAGUAUCUUUCAUAAUGAACCGGUCACCAUGAUGGCUGGUGAGAAAUAAUAUUGAUGCAAAUGAAUAUAUUCUUAUCCUGUUUUACGCAUGAAUAGCUCACAGCUGUGAACUUUGUCUUUAUAAUAAAAAGGACACCAAACUAUA